UAUUCUUGACAGAGGUGAACAUGGCUGAGGACAUUCAGGCAAAACUUGAGAAAUAUCGCACUGCUCCCUUUGAUGCCAGAUUCCCCAACGCGAACCAGACCAGGAACUGCUGGUCCAACUACCUGGACUAUCACCGCUGCCAGAAAGCUCUGGAUGCUAAAGGAGUGGACACCGCCCCAUGUGACUGGUACAAAAGGGUCUACAAAUCGCUCUGCCCCAUAUCCUGGAUCCAGAAAUGGGAUGACCAGAGAGAAGAGGGGACCUUUCCAGGGAAAAUCUAAGAUGGCCAUCUCCAAAGCUGUUGGACUAUAAAGAUGUGAUCUUUUCAGCUAAAUGUUUGUAUAAGUGAUGCGAGACUGUGUGGCUCCAUCACCAUCUUUCCACUACUAAUGCCCUGUCCUGUAUCUGAAUGGUCAUUCCUUAAACAUACUAUUAAGAUGUACAGCAGACUCCGUAUUAAAGUCUCUCAGGAUAUAUUUAAGUA